AUGUCACAAGAUGCAGAUGAUGCCCAGUCCCUGGCUGAAAGCCUCCCCGAUGCUCCCGCAGGUGCCCCUACCAAACAGUCUUACCGGUCUUUCAAAAAGAAGUUUGCGAAGCUUAAAGUAAAAUUUGAGCUUGGAAUGAGAGAGAGCGAAUCGCUUAUCCGGGAGGAGUUGCGCAUCCAGGAUCUCUCAAAGAGAAUACAGGAACAGAAUGACCAGCUACUAGAAACCCUCCUAGAGUUUAACGACAGUCUAUAUAUCUCACCGGACCUACGGUACGAUCUGAGUGCUCCCGGAGAUGAUCUCUUCCCCCCAACUCCUCAAAGAGAGCUAUCGCCCUCACACAAUGAUCCUUCUGCGGCUAGCGCAAUGCUCAGAAAUGCUAGAGUGGAGCUGACACUUGAUGGCAUGACGGUUGAGAAUUACUGUGACUUGGAGAAUUCUGUGAAACGGAGCGAUGCUUUUGCACCACGCAUGCAGUAUACCUCGUUGAUAAGGAUCCCCCAUACGCUUUCUCAACCAGAAGAAAACCAAUCCGGAAAUAUUGUUUCGGAACAUAGGCUUGGGUUCUUCACGCCUGAACACGAAAAUGAGUAUUACCUGGCUACCGACGCCAAACUAGGUGAUACAUCAGCACUCGUACAAUUGAGUCGCAUCCCUGAGAAACUUUCUUUUGUCGAACGUGAGAGAGAGGCUGCAUUGCGAAAUCCAAUCUCGGUUUACAAUUGGUUGCGAAGGAACCAGCCGCAUAUUUUCUUACAAGACAACGAGAACGCUUCCGAGAAGUCUGCCUCUCGACCAUCGAAUUUGCGCACGUCCAAGAAAGCAGCACCCAACCAGGCGCGGAAAGACGAAGAUCCCCACGAUGACGACAGUGUCUUAAUGGAUACUGGAGGCUCCAAGGGCAAACGCAAGCGUGAAGAAGACGUUGGUUCUAAAUCCAAAGGUGGUAGCAGCAGCCGGUCAAGUCGGAAAAAGAAAGACGAUAGCAGCUCUGGCGUCGUCAAACGUUCAUCUAAGAGAACAUCGGGGAGCAUGGCUAUCACAAUUCUUCCCCCGGUGGUCGACCAUGUCGACAUAUCCCACUCGGACUCUGACGUGGAUUCUAUGUCCGUGGACUCGGACGGAGGAGUAGACCUAGCAACAGGAAGGACCUCAAGGCCGAGCAAACGACCUCGCUUAGUGGAAGGAACAGAUAUUACGUCAGGAGUGGUUACGCCUGGAGAAAUUGUGACGGAUGAUCCACAAUGGAUGAGAGGACAUGGUACCUAUAUAAACCCCCUUUCGACCUCCAUAAUUGCCACGGUUGCCGGUACUGUUCAGAAGACCAACAAACUUCUUUCCGUACAACCGCUUCGCGCUCGUUAUACACCAGAAAUAGGUGACCUUGUCGUGGGGCGCAUUGUUGAAGUUCAGUCUAGACGAUGGAAGGUAGAUGUUGCUGCUCCGCUCCUUGCACAGCUCCCACUGUCUGCGAUCAAUCUCCCGGGCGGUAUUUUACGUCGGCGAACUAGCGCCGAUGAACUACAGAUUAGAACUUUCUUCAGUGAAGGUGACCUAGUAGUCGCGGAAGUUCAGACUGUACAUUCGGAUGGUGCAGCUUCACUACAUACGCGGUCUUUGAAAUACGGAAAACUCAGAAAUGGGGUUUUUCUUGCCGUGACCGGAACAGGUGGUAGUGGAGCUUCAAGUUCGAUGGUAAAAGGAGGAGUAGGGUCUAGACCUAUCCCUGCAGGAGCGAUGGGCGCAUCAGGCACGGGAGUAGUUCGGUCUCGGAGACAGGUGUGGACAGUCAACACCGCCAAUGGAGGCGGCGAUGUGGAUGUCAUACUCGGAGUUAACGGGUAUAUCUGGAUUUCGAAACAUGCCGAUGACACCGCGGCCGCGUCUUCCACCACGGAUAGCGUGUCGAUUACCCGCAUGGAGGAGAUGGUGUCGAGCUCUAUAUACUCUAGCCAAAACGAUGAUAUCCCGCCUCAAACAAGGCGAGAAAUUGCACGACUAGCGCAGUGUAUCCGAGUACUCGUUCAAGGGGGAGUGCGGGUUGACGAAGAGACCGUGAUGAGCGCAUAUGAGGCUAGCUUACAAGUGGAUUUAGAGGUUGGUGAUGAUGAUGAUGACGACGAUCGGAGAAGAGAAGGGAGAGAGUAUCUUGAAGGGAACAAAGCGCGGAGCAUACUGGAAUUGGUUUUGGAACGCAAUUAG